AUGCCUGAAGUGGAUCUUAUCGGUACUUUGGCCACUGGAAAUGUAACUGAAUCACUGCAAGAGUUUUUUACAGACUUUCUCACACCUCAGAAAAUCAAAGAAUGGGAAAGCACCAUGACACAUGGAUACCAAAAUUCGCUUGUGACAGCUUGCCAGUAUGUCCUGCCAGCAUGCGAUAGAAUACAGCUUGAGUUGAGCAAAUUAUUAGGCUAUAGCUUAUGGACACAGCGUUAUGGUGAUUUUCUAGAGACAAGUUCAGUAGAGACGUGUAUUGAAUGCAUACAACAAUUUGUCAGACAAAUGCUUGAUUAUACCAAAUCACUCAAUAUCUUAACAAAGUCUUUUGAAGCAUUUAUUCAAUGGAUAUCAGCCGUUUCUCAAAAAAUAUCUGCUGCUGAUUCUGUUGAGUUCGAGAAUCAAUCAAGUCUUUGUGAAGAACCAGAAUUAGUUCUCACGUAUUUAGAUACAAACUUUAUGCUCAAGAAACCUUCGAAAAUAUUUUCUACUAAGAUCUGUGUUGCUUCUAUUAGUUCAUUCACGCUUGAUGGUAUCUUGUUACAAAACCAACCGAAGCAAAAGAUUGUUUCAAUCACUUCAGUAAGCGCUUUUUCUUUUAAUGAAAUUAUGCGUUAA